GGAAAAUACACAAAAAUGCAAACAUUGGUAAACGCAUUUAUCCGUUGUCUCUAUUUUCUCCUCCCUCCCUCUUGGCUUCAUCUUGGAGUUUGCUGGUGGAUUGGGGAUGAGUGCGGAAAGAUGACAUGGCCCAAUCCCAGAGCGCGUUUCAAAAGCAGAACGCUUCUUACAUAUCAGGAAGUAACCUUACAAGACGGCUCCAUCCCCUCGGUCUCCCCGGUUCCUAGCUGCGUCUCGCUAGCUGCUAGCUCCACGCCACCCCAGGGUUCUCCGUGGGGUAGAAUUUGGGGGCUCUGGCAAGCUGUGGAGCGCAUCUUCGGGGCUUCCUUGGCCAUCCACCGGUGUGGGUGUCAAAAGCGUCGAGGUGUGUGUGCCCCGUAUUCUUGCGACUUCAAUUGUUGUAUUACAGGGAAUAAAUGCUUUCAUGAAAGCACUACCACUGGUGUAGCCGAGGAGGAAGUGAACGAACCGGGAGAAAACUCAUUUAUUUCGGGUAAAAUGACGAGUGCCACCAUGGAGUUUCAGAAACAUAUCGAAUCUGCAUUAGGUUCGUCAGCGGGACGGGAAAUCGACGAGGUAAUAAUUGUGGAUCAACACCUGCAGGAGAUGGGGACUCAAGUGAUGAUAACCGUGGCUAUUCAAGCGGCAGACGACGAGGAACCAGAGGAGGAGGUGUCCUCAAACAAUCUCGAUUUCCUCGGAGGCAGCUGUAGUGAAGACGAAUUUGGAAGACAUGAUAAAUCCAGUGGCGCUGGCACGAGUGGCGGUGAGCUGGAGGAGGAGAGCUGGCAGCCCCCAGACCCAGAGCUGACCCAGAAGCUGGUGGCCCAGAUCGAGUACUACUUGUCGGAUGAGAACCUGGAACACGAUGCCUUCCUGCUCAAACAUGUCCGACGCAACAAGCUGGGCUUCGUCAGUGUCAAACUGCUCACCUCCUUCAAGAAGGUGAAGCACUUGACGCGAGACUGGAGAACAACUGCAUAUGCUCUGCGCCACUCGACAAUACUUGAGCUAAAUGAUGAGGGGCGCAAAGUGCGUCGCAGAUCAACAGUGCCUGUGUUUGCCAGUGAGUCUCUGCCAAGCCGCAUGCUACUACUCAGUGAGCUGCAGAGCUGGCCAGAGCUGGGUGUGGCGAUGGAGGGUGGGGCUGGCGACGGGAGUGAGGGCGGCGCUACCCAACAGGAACAACUGAUGAAGCUGCUGCUGAAAGCAUUUGGAACAUAUGGAGCCAUUGCCUCUGUGAGGGUGCUGAAGCUUGGCAAGGACCUGCCAGCCGACCUGAAGAAGCUGAGUUGCCGCUACACACAGCUGAGCACUGAGGAGUGUGCCAUCGUGGAGUAUGAGGAGGUGGAGGCUGCAGUCAAAGCCAACGAGGCUGUGGGCAGCGAGGAGGGGACAGGGUCUCUGGGGUUGAAGGUGGUCCUGAUCGGCACCAAGCCUCCCAAGAAAAAGGUCCCCAAAGAUCAGCGUCAGCGCGAGGAGGGAGUAGGAGGAAUGAGGAAGAGCCACUCACUCAACAGCCGGGUACGGGAGCUUCAGUAUCACGAAGACUCUGCCUGUAGCUCCUCAGAGACUGAGAGUAACCCCACCUCCCCCAGACUGGCCCGCAAAUCCCGCUCUGUCAAUAAGCUAAGUCCCACUGGAGGGGGUGCCACCUUCCAGAACAAUCACCUGAGCCCGGCUGUGUCCCCACGCACCAGCCCCUGGUCGAGCCCCCGGGCCAGCCCAUGCUCCCAACGUAAGUCUCCCCACUCCCAUAAGUCUCCUUUGGCCAGUGAGGGUAGACUGAGCCCUGAGGCUGGGCGACGUUGGGCGGACUACUCCUCAGACAGCAGCCUGACGCCGUCCGGUAGCCCCUGGGUCCAGAGGCGCAGGCAGGUGGCCUCCCAGGAGAGCAGCCCAGUAGGGAGCCCCAUGCUGGGUCGAAAGAUCCAGGGCGCAGACGGGCUUCCGCCAGGUGUAAUCCGUCUACCUCGUGGGCCUGAUGGAACACGUGGUUUUCACUGUGGUGUGUCCAUUGGUGUUGCUGAGAGGGGAGAGAAGACUGCUUCUACCCAAACCUGACACUCAGACCCCCUAUGCCCCCAGUUCUAAAGCAGUACACUGAGUACAGCGAUGAGAUUUGGCCCAGUCCUUUGGCCACUACAUUGACAUUCUUCAUCCCCCGCCCCACAUUUGAAUGGUCGUAGAUUUGUUCUGUUUAAUCGUUGUUUGGAGAUUUGCCUGUCUUUGUUAUACUUUUUAUACAAUAUUGUUUAAAAACAUGGUGACGCCUAAUUUAUGAAUAUUUAAGAUACAUUUUGAGUUUAUUAAAUUCAAAAUGAAGUACUGUAUUUGACACAAGUAAUGGUAUUUGUCACCUCCCAUUGCUACCUAAGGUGUUGAGCAUGGGGCGGGGUAGAGAUUUACUUCAGUAACCCUAUUUUACUUUUUAUUGGAAAGUUUCCAGUGUCAGUCUUAGUGUGUAAAAUCUCAUUUUGUAUGGAUGGUGUGAACAGUGGUAUGGGCACAUGGUGUGGAUAUCACCAUAUGCCUUUUGCCAUUUUUGUCUAUUGAUUAUCUAUUGAGACAUUGAGUGUCUAUUGAGUUUGCUCCUUAAACUGUGGCCAUACUUUCCCUGCCAGAAGGUUGAACAGUUAUCACAUGGACAACUUUUUUUUUUUCUUAAAUUUUAUAUUUUUUCCUGGAUGCCUAACUUAAGCUUCCAAAGUAGGGGUUACUCUCCUAGCUCUGCAAAAAAUGAAAAAUAUUAGAGGGGUCCUUCCUUGGCUGGAAUCUGUUUCUAUCAGUGUAUAGCCUCUACCGAGUCCCCAACAACCUGGUUUUCAGGGGAAAUGCAAAGAGCCUGAUCAGACUUCUGCUUUUGGACGUUAUCAAGACACCACUCCAUCUUAACUCCUACACAUUGGUUGAACAGUGUAGAAGAGAACCUCCCCUGACACUUUUUCUUGUCAAGACCAGUAUAUAGGGGAUCUGGUUUCAGGUGUUACUUUUACGGGUUGGGUUAAUCAGUGUGUAGCAUGCUGGUAGUGGGGGAUGCAAUGUUCAGGUUUGAGUGUGCGAAAUGGAGAUGCUCUUGAACUCUUGACAUCUGAGCUGGGGUAAUGUGCAUUUUCCUUAUUGUACAAAAUAAAUCACAAAUUGCA